AUGGUUUUGCGAGGACUUCACUCCUACCAUCAGGCACGAGCACUCUGCCGAACACAACCUGGUGGUGAUACUUGGCUACCUAGAGUAUAUAAUGAACAGGAGAAUGAUGAGAUUGGUCAGCUAGUCAAAUGGAAUGUGUGGCUGGGAGGAGAUGAUGAGGAAAGAGAUGGAUUCUCUGGUGCAGUUAGUGAGCACGUGAUGAAGAAUGAAGGUGUGUUUCGAUGGAGAGAUACAGGACAUAACAUCACUUACAGCAACUGGCUGUAUGGUGAGCCGAAUGAUCUAUAUGACGAGGACUGCAUCGGACUAUUCUAUAGCAGAAAUUCAACGAAUGUGUGGAAUGAUUUUGAUUGCACUACCGAUGUCAUGUUUGUGCUAUGCGUAAGAGGGAAACCUCAUUUGUACUCGACGAAGCUGAAUUUCACGAUCCAACAGUAUCACGAUGUUUCACUUGGUUUCACGUCGGACACUCGGAUUAAUCCAGCGCUGGUGCCACAUGAUAUUGUGUGGCACGGGCCAAAGGGACAGAUAACAAAUGGUUCCUCCGGAACAUUUUCGAUUUCAGCGGCUGGAAACAUGCUGUCCAUAUCUGAUGUAAAAUGGUGGGAGCAAGGCACCUACACAGCGAAUGCAAGCACUAAGGCCGGCUGGGAUGUAUUAUCCUUCUAUUUGUCAGUGCUAGUUCCCGUCAGCUAUGGAAGAGCAGCCGAUGAUGUACAAUCCUCAGAAACAUCCACAGCAGGGUUCUACUGUGAUGUGUUUGGCAUUCCUACUCCACGGAUUUCUUGGUUUCACAAUCUACAGCCAAUCAGCGCCUCACCUUCCGCACUGACAGGGAGGUUGCAGGUAUCGCCAGGCAAUUUCAAUUUGUCCAUUCAGAACCUGAUGUACAGCGACAGAGGCGUGUACCAUUGUGAAGCAGAUAAUCACGAUCCCCUCUUGACGUCAGGGUCGAAUGUCACAGGGCCGCACAUGUUUCUUGAUAUCUACGUCGCUCCCCGCUUUUCGCCAGGUCUGCAAAAUCAGACAGUGACGGAAGACAGUUCAAUAGUACUUGUGUGUGGUGUGUAUGGAUAUCCUGCGCCUAAUGUAUCUUGGCUUCACAACGGAGGCCCCCUUCAUCCUGGUUUGGCACAAACAGCAUUGGUGUCGAGUGGCAACCAGAGUUUUCCUGAUAGCUACCGGAGCACCCUAACACUUCCACUGGCAAGGUUCACAGACCGAGGCAUAUACACAUGUAGCGGAAGCAUUUCAAAGAACGGAUUCACUGGUAAUGAACUGCUGAGCGACAUUGCAAAUUCAUCGGCAUUCAUCACUGUGUACAUGCGUCCCAGGCUGCAGUAUAUCACAGGGCAGCACGAGGUGGUGUUACCAGACCAGAUCAACGUGACGUGUGGCUACAGUGGUUUCCCAUCACCCAUAUUGACCAUCACUGCACCUGGUUUGACCAGUCAAGAGGUGAUCUCCAUGAGUACAACAGAUACAGGAACUCUACCAAGUCAGCUUCACUACAAAAUUACGUCACUGAUCAUUUCGCGGUCCUCACGCUCAAACAACGGCACAUAUACCUGCACUGCCACGACGCCUGCAGCUACAAUGAGCACUCAAACAUCUGUGACUGUCUUAGAGGUACCUGAUGCUCCGCUGGCCCCUUCACUAUCCAAAAACGUGGCAUUCCUUGUCGACAUCGCCUGGCGACUGCCACUAGAGAACAACGCUCCCAUCGAUAACUACACCGUACUGUUUUCCUAUGAGACUUGUCUGAAGAAACGAAUCACAAAUACAACGGUGCUGCCUCCAUACAUACUUCGGACAAGCAUACCUGUGAAUGCAAACCAUACAUAUAGCAUAUACGUACGAGCAGCAAAUCGCAUUGGCUUUGGACCUUAUAGCUCGGCGCUCGACGUGGAAACCGUACAAUUCGCGCCAUUUGGAGCACCGCCGAGUGUGAAAGCCAUUGCAGCUACUCCAAGCACUAUCAAUUUCACUUGGGCCGAUGUGGCAUGCAGUGAGAAAAAUGGAUUAUUGGUCAAGUUCGAAGCUUCAUAUUACUUGCAGACCAAGAUUCCCGGCUCAACUGCUUCACCAACAGCCAUGGCAGGUAGUGUGGUGGUCCCGUCAAACACAUUCUAUAUCGUCAUCACUGGCUUACUGCCCAGCACGUGGUACUUGUUUGAUGUGAGAGCAUGGACGUCUGUCGGCCCCGGCCCAUUUAGCAAAGCAAUAUCUCAAAGGACGCUAACUCCAGAUAACCGUUUGCCACCGAGAGCUGUUGCUUUGUACCAACAUGUAAUUGGCGUACAACACCGAGCGCUGACACUAGCUGUGAAACUGCUCAAUCCUGGAAUACCUGCCGUCGAAUUAACGGGAAUAACGUGGAGCAAGGUUGGCCAAACAUCAUGGUUAGCCGCUAACAAAAGGUACCUUUCCUCAGAUUACCUCAAUCUGACCAUACCGGCCGUGAUCUACCGGGUUGCAGGACAAUACUUUGUGGAACUUGGCAACUCGGCUGGAAAAGUGAAAGUCAACUUCACCGUUCAGUAUCAAGAGCCUGCAUCAGUGACACAGCCCCUGAAAGGUGUGUCAGUUAACCAAGGGGGCACUGCGAUCUUCUCAUGUAUCGCUCAUGGCAACCCCGUGCCUAUAGUAACUUUCUAUCACAACACAUCCCAGCUGACCUCUGCACUCUACACAAUGUCAUCAUAUGUGGAUUUGGCUACCGUGCAGAGGGGAGUCUAUGCUACUAUUUCCACGUUAACGCUUACAAAUGUGAGCAACAAUGCCAGCCAAGGAACAUAUUCAUGUGAGGCCAGCAACAUAUACUCACCAAGUGUCAAGUCGUCAGCAAGCCUGGACGUCCAUGUUCCGCCAAGACAACUGUCACCCCCCACGGAUGUUGUCAGCAAUCGUGGUGGGACAGUGCAGUUUGUUUGUCACAUGUACGGCAUAACCACUCCACGCCUCACCUGGUUACACGAUGGAAAGGAUAUCAAGACAAGUCAGGCCUUCCUGUCAAAUAGAGUGCAUCUCUCCAAGAGUGCGUCAAUCUUGAACAUCACCAAUGUCGAGUACAUUGACCGUGGUGACUAUCGCUGUUUUGCUGACAACACUAACCCCAGCAAAACCUGGGGAGGAACCGUGACAGGCACUCCAGCGACUUUGACAGUGUACGUUCUACCGAGUGGUGCUCCUGCCAAAGCCGUACAAGUGGGACUGAGAGGAGAUCAAGUUACCUUGAAAGCGGUACUAACUCACCAAGGGCACCCACCUGUUCCUUACUCCAACAUCACAUGGUCCAAGAAAUUUGACUCCCACUGGAGUGCGCUGUCUCCGCUAUACUCUCUUUCUGCUAGUGGACACUCACUGACGUUUUUCCAAAUGGAUCACAAUGACGCAGGCGAUUACACUGUCAAAUUAGGAAAUCUAGCUGGUGAGAUUCGCCUGGACUUCACUCUCACAUAUGCAGAACGGCCGGAGAUUGUCACACCUCCGUCUACACAGCGUGUAAAUCAGGGCACUGACGUCAUUCUGUAUUGCGUGGCCAGUGGAUUACCAACACCUAAUGUCUACUGGAUGUACAACAGCAGUAGUGGCCAUACUCUGCAAUACGUGAACGUGGAGCAGCCCAAUACUGCCGUCAACCUACGCGGAAGUUUCGUAGUCAACUCCACUCUCACAAUCCCAUCAGUACAGAAUGACGCACACCAGGGCAACUACACAUGCGUGGUGGAGAACAUACACAAACCAGAUGCCCAGGCCACUGCAUAUGUUCAUAUAUAUGUUCCUGUCGUACAACUUCUGGUGACGGCAAACCAAUCAGUUUUAGCCGGCAAUACUGCUGUUCUAAAGUGCCAUGUCUAUGGAGUACCCACACCAACUGUGGACUGGUACAAGAGUGGAUUGCUGCUUCAGAAAGACGAUUUGGUGGGAAGAGUGUCGUUCUACCGAGGUGAUGCUAUACUGACCAUCUACGGCACAGAGGUGACGGAUACAGACACCUAUCACUGUGUAGCUAGUAACCAAGACAUGUAUGCUGGUGGUAUAGCUACUGGGAAUCCAGCAACUCUCGACGUGCACAUGUCGCCUUUUAUCAAUCCUCCAAUACCAGAGACAUUGCUAUCCUUCGAAGGAUCAGCCUUGACUGUUCCAUGCAUCUUUACUGGACACCCGUCGCCCACGGCUAAUUGGUGUUAUCAACAGGGCAGUCAGUGCACCAAGGCAGUUCCACAGUGUCCCGGUGUUGCGAUCGUGGCGGUGGAUGCAAACACAGUCUUGCUGACAAUCGAAUCCGUGCAGCUUUGCCACACCGGAAACUACAUUUGCACAGUACAGAAUCCAAUCGGUCUCGUCACGUCACAAAUUCAACUUACAGUUCAAGGCAAGUAUUCGGUACAUGUGUGGGAUGAGAGUUUACUGUCUUCACACUGCACUCCAGGAGAAGUAAGUACAAAUGCCGCUUGUUGAAAUCAGAUCCCC